UCUAAUUAUUUUUUAUUUUUUGUUUUUACAUGUCACGAUGUUGCUUCCAAAGCUGGAGAUUAAAUCAAGAGUACAGGUGCACUCUUCUACAAAUUUUGAAGUCUACAUGUGCACUCUUGCAGAGGGUUUACGUCAAGGGCGUGAUUCCCAGAUGUGCUCCCGCGGGAGCACAUGAUCUAUCGGCCACACUGUAAAAUGCAAACUGAUCCAUUCCCAAAAUCCUCGGCGAAUUUUUAGCGAGACCCAUUUCCAAAAUCCAACACGAAACAAUUCCACAUUCACUGAAUCAUGCUUAUUUUUUGAUUUUUGAAUCACCACUAUAUUCAAGGAAUUUAAAAGAAAAUAAAUGUAUUUUGACAUUCAAUCUAGAGCAUUUUCUUGUAGCUUCUGGUCCAUCUUCAGCCCUAGAAACCGUGGUGGAAGAUGCUUCACGAUCGGAUACAUGUAAGGAAAAUACCCCAAAUUGAUAAUCUUUGUAUUGCCCUUAUUGACCUUUUAUCUGUGAUGUGUUUCUUAUCUUUUGGAUCCAAUUAUAGUCCAAACUGUGACUCUGCUUGUAAUAUGAUUCUACUGUUUGUUAUUCUUUUAUUAAUGGCUGGUUAAGUUGCGAACUAUUCUUUACGACUUGAGCUCAGACAAUGGGUUUCUACAAGAAUUUGUAUUCCUUGUGCAACUUAGCUUCCAAGAUUACAAACAACUCCUUAAAAAACUCUACUCCAAAUUCAAUUUCCUUAAGAAACUUCACGAAAACCAUUCGAGAUUCAGAACAGUUGAAAACCCAAUUCAAAGAUGGUCUAAAUGGCUUCAGUUCAGCUCAAGCAACUCUAUGGAGGAGAAGUUCAAAUGGGUUUGCGAUUUCUUCUCUGGUUCGAUCCAACUGGAGUGUUACAGGGAGCCAGCGAAGUGGGUUUCUAUCUAAUAAGAUGAGCAUGCGGUUCUAUCAUGUGGAUAGAUAUCAGGUGAGGCAUUUCAGGCCCAGGGGUCCUCGACGCUGGUUUCAAAAUCCUAGAGUGGUUCUAGUUGUGUUCUUGGUUGGUUCAGGAGCCGUGAUCACUGUUUAUCUGGGCAAUGUGGAGACAAUUCCUUACACUCAUCGGAAACAUUUCGUUAUCUUGUCCCAUGAAUUCGAGAGGAAGCUUGGAGAGAAGGAGUUUGAGAAUUUGAAAGCAUCUCUAAAGAAGAAGAUCUUGCCUGCAAUUCACCCAGACAGCGUGAGGGUGAGGUUAAUAGCGAAGGAUAUAAUCGAUGCCUUACGGAGGGGAAUAAGGCAGGAACAAGCGUGGAGUGAUUUGCAAUAUUCAGAUCAGAGACUGGGUAUGCAUGAUUCUCAUGGGAGUGAAGAGACUUUGGCAGCUGUAAUUAGUGAUAAGGAAGACUUGAAAGAUAAGGUGGGUUACGAAGAUGAGAUUUUGGAUGAUAAGUGGGUUGAGAAGAGUCGAAAGGCAGGUCAGGCUCGUGGUUCUCAUCCUACAACAAGUCACUUGGACAGUUUUAAUUGGGAAGUAAUAGUGGUUGACGAUCCCAUGGUGAACGCCUUUUGCCUUCCUGGUGGAAAAAUAGUUGUUUUUACUGGGUUGCUUCGCCAUUUCAGGUCCGAUGCCGAGAUAGCAACUGUGCUAGGCCAUGAGGUUGGACAUGCUGUAGCAAGACAUGUCGUAGAAAUGAUUACAAAAAAUAUGUGGUUAGUUAUUCUUCAGCUGGUUCUUCUCCAAUUCAUUUGGAUGCCUGAUCUUGUCAGCACAAUGUCGCAUCUACUGCUUAGACUUCCUUUCUCUCGGAGCAUGGAGAUCGAGGCUGACCACAUAGGGUUGCUGCUGUUAGCUUCAGCUGGUUACGAUCCUCGUGUGGCUCCUACUGUAUACGAAAAGCUUGGACAAUUACAUGGUGAAUCGGCAUUGAGGGAUUAUCUCUCUACCCAUCCAUCUGGUAAGAAGAGAGCAGAGCUACUGAGGCAAGCCCAGGUUAUGGAAGAAGCACUUAGAAUAUAUCAGGAUGUGAUUACUGGACGUGGGGUUGAAGGCUUCUUAUGAGCUAGUCCAGCUAUAUUUUACGCGUAGAUUGCAGAGUGUGGAGCUUUUUAUACAUGGAUUGAGACUAUUUCUAGUUAUGAACUGAUAGAAAUUGGAUUGCGCCCAUCUCCCUCUGUCUCUCUCUCAAAAUGGCGAUGGGAUUUCUACCAAGACAGUGACAACAUUGUUUAUAGUCGACGAUUUGCAGCAUUGGAAUCAUUCCAGGAUAUAUUUGCAGGUUCACAUGCAAGGAUUGGGUAUUCCAGAGGCAGAGGAACUGACCGAAUUCAACGGUGUUGCCAUGGAGAAUUGUAUAUUUUGUUUUGUGAUUUUAGUGGUACACAUAUACAAGGGCCUGAAUUUUCAUAGGGUGGCAGUCGGCCGGGCUGCCCGGUGAAAUUAGGGUCUGAGAGACAAAAUCUGUUCUGAGGGCCGGGCCUAGGCCUGCCAAGUCAGGCGCCUGGUGCUUAUUUUGUUAUCUUUUUUCUUUCUUUUUUUAAAAAAAAGUUUACCCAGGGGAACAGGGCCGGGGUAGGACCAGGACUGACCCAGCCCGUUGCCAGCCCUAAAUUUUCAUACAUCAAUGAGAUUGCUUGGUUUUACAUGGUUGCA